AGAAGCCAUGGCCCCGACACUUUUACCUGUUGAAGAUUUCGAUGCUGAGACUGAUUGCAACAAGAUACGGGCAGCUUUUAGCGGAGUUGGCACUGAUGAGAAGACGCUGAUUGAUGUUCUCUGCAAACGAUCACAUGAUCAACGAAUGGCCAUUGCUAAACUGUACAAGACGAUGUUUGGAAAGGAUUUAGUGAAGGAUGUUAAGAGUGAAACAAGCAGUAACUUUAGGGAGGUCAUGGUGUCGCUCUGUAAUUCAAGAGCCAACUUUCUGGCUAGGAUCUGCAGAAAUGCAAUCAGGGGAGCAGGCACUAGUGAAGGAGCAUUGAUAAACGUUCUCGUUGGAGGAACGAAACAGGACAUUGCAGAGAUCAAAGAUGCCUACACAAAAAAGUAUAAGAAAUCCCUUGAAGAGGACAUAGCUGACGACACAAGUGGUGCAUUGAAGCAUGUUCUUGUAUCACUGCUACAAGGCAACAGAUGCGAGGAGGGUGUGAGCCACGAACAGGCAACUAAGGAUGCUAAGGAACUGUUCAAUGCUGGGAAGGGCAUGUGGGGUACCAAGGAAAGUACCUUUAACAAGAUACUUGUUUCCAGAAGUCCUGCACACUUGAAACGUGUUUUCAAUGAAUACAGAACCAUAGCAAGUGGUGACGACAUUGAGAAUGCUAUCAAAGGGGAAAUGUCUGGAGAUACUAAGAAUGCUUUUCUAGGAAUUGUGAGAGUUAUCAAAGAUGCUGAAAUGUAUUUUGCUGAAGAGCUUUACAAGUCGAUGAAGGGCAUUGGAACAAAUGACGACAAGCUGAUCAGGCUAGUGGUCUGGAGGAGUGAAAUUGACCUGGCUGAAAUUAAGGAAUGCUUUAAAAUAGUAUCCAAAGGGAAGACGCUUGAGGAUUUCAUAAGCGGUGACUGCAGUGGAGACUACAAACGAUCCCUAGUAGCACUUUGCUAAUCUAUGAAGAUCAAUGAUUCGUAUUCUGACUUGAAGCUUCUUUUACUUGACUCCAUUUUAAACUUUAGUUGCAUGUUCAAUUUAAUCCUUUUUUUUCAAACAAAGUGACAAGCUGUUAGAUUAUUGAAAUAAAUCAUAAAAUGUUGGAAAUAUUAAUAUAAUUGAGUAAUUAUGACAUAAAGUAAAAACAACAAAGAUUUUUUAUCAUUUAGAUUUAAAUUGACUGGAUUGAAAUCAUAUUUGUUUUGCGCAUUUAAUUUUCGAAGUAUACAGUUUUAUUAAUUUUGUGACUGCUGUAAAGUUUACAUUAUGAGAGUGUGAUAGGUACUAUGUAAAAAUUAGACCUUGGUAUUCUAACACAA